AUGUCCGGCAUCAAGACCGUCGCCUUCUUCGGCGCAUCCGGCGGGUGCGGUCUCGCGGCCCUCAAACAUUCACUCGCCGAGGGCUACAUCUGCAUCGCCCUCUGCCGCAACCCGUCCAAGCUGACCUCCCUCCUCCCGGCGUCGUCUCACCCGAACCUCGUCGUCAAGCAGGGCAACGCGCACAACGUGGACGACGUCGCGGCGUGCCUGGUCAGCCCGACCAACCCGCACGCGCUCGUCGACGCCGUGUCGUUCAGCAUCGGCAGCCCGCUGGACGUGUGCAAGAUGACCGUCGAGGACCCGGACGUAUGCAAGAACGGCAUCGCGGCGGUGCUGAGGGCGCUCGAGACGUUGCGCGGGCGCGGGGUCGUCGGGAAGCCGCGGAUGGCGGUGGUCUCGACGACGGGGAUCAGCGGGUUCGCGAGGGACGUGCGGGUGCUACAGGUGCCGAUGUAUCACGUCCUGCUCCGCGCGCCGCACGCGGACAAGAAGGUGAUGGAGGAGCGGUUGGCGGGGUCCGGGGAGGCGUGGACGGCGGUGCGGCCUGCGUUUCUGAGUGACGGGGCGGCGCCGGGGAGGACAGUCCGGGUUGGAGUCGAGGAUCCGAGGACGGGGGUGGAGAGCAAGGCUGUGGGUUAUGGCAUUUCGAGGGAGGAUGUCGGGAGAUGGAUUUUUGAGAAUAUCUUGCGGGAUGGGGGCAUGGAGGUUGUGGGGAAGGCUGUCAGCAUUACCUGGUGA